GCUCCCGGGGCUCCUGGCCAGAGCGCUUUCUCUCGCUGCUCCUCUCUUUGGCCCUUUCUCUCUCUGGCACCUCGGGCGGCUGCGGUGGCAGCGGCGACAGCGACCCCAGCAGCAGCGAGCGGCGGGAGCGGGUGGCCGUGACGAUGAAGUGCAAGCCCAACCAGACGCGCACCUACGACCCGGAGGGGUUCAAGAAGCGGGCGGCGUGCCUGUGCUUCCGGAGCGAGCGCGAGGACGAGGUGCUGUUAGUGAGUAGCAGUCGGUACCCGGACCGCUGGAUCGUGCCGGGCGGGGGCAUGGAGCCCGAGGAGGAGCCGGGCAGUGCGGCUGUCCGAGAGGUGUUCGAAGAGGCGGGAGUCAAGGGGAAGUUAGGCCGGCUCCUGGGCAUUUUCGAACAGAACCAAAACCGCAAGCACAGAACGUACGUGUACGUACUGACCGUCACCGAGAUUCUGGAGGAUUGGGAAGAUUCGGUUAGCAUUGGAAGGAAGCGAGAGUGGUUCAAAAUCGAAGAUGCGAUCAAGGUUCUCCAGUGCCACAAGCCCGUGCAUGCCGAAUAUCUGGAGAAACUAAAGCUGGGCGGCUCCCCAACCAAUGGAAACUCGGUGGCCCCGUCUCUGCCACAGAGCGAUCCCUAAUGAACAGCAAAGAUCUGCAGGAUGGCUUUGAAAGAAUCAUUGAUGUGAACCACUGAUCAGUGGAAUUUUCAAGUGGAGGUGAGCGUUUCUGAAAAUGUUUCCAAGGAGACAGCUCAUCUGAUUUCCCUCCUGUAUCUUGGGACACUCUUUACCUGUCUGUGCCACUGACUUUUCUUGCCCUGGUUGUUGUACUAUUGUACAUGAACAGACUCUGAUUUCAGCACCUAUAGCCUAUUGUUGUGCUUUUUUGAUGUAUCUGCCUUCUCCAUUAGACUGUGAUAUCAUUGAGAGCAAAGACCACAUUUCCUUACUGUUUGCAUAUUCUGCAUAUGAAACACUACUUGAAAUUUGGUUGACAUCUCUGAAGGUUCUUUGAAUUCACAUUUUGUAAUCACUAUGUGGCAAAACAUUCCCCUUUCGAUUGGUGCUAGUAGAAUAUAUGCUGUGUGGGCACCAAGUGUGAGGCUUUCCCAUAUCAGGUGUUUCAGAAACUUUUCAAGGCAGUUUUAAGUUGUUCAAGGACAAGAAUUAUUACCCAUAAUUCUCUGUCAUACCACAAAGUGGCUAGCACCAUUUUGAGAUUUACCCCAUCAUUUAAGGACAACAUUUUGUAGAACCGGUCCUUUGUGUAACAACUUUAGUGUUUUUGUACUGUUGUUACUUUGCUGAAAAUUUUAUUCAAAAGAUACCACUUGCUAUAAAACUAUAAAAUAAAUACAAUGAACACAAUAUAAUAUUGUGAAUUUUUAUAAAAAUAAAUUUUAAAAUGAUAUAUUUGAUGUUUUUGCAAUGCCCUAACUACUUCUUUCAUGUGAUCUUACCAUCCCUUUGAAGAUUGUUUUUCCCAGUUUAUAGGUUCAGGAUACUCUAUUAUUUGAUGCCAGAGCUAACAAAAACUGCGGUACAGGCAGUUUCCAAAGUUAAUUAUACCACUUACUUUGCCUAGGUUUAUUUUGCCUCUCUUACUGAUACAGUUGGCCAAUUUUCAUCCCCUUUUCUGACACACUCAGCUGGCUUCUCAUUCUACCUGGUUUCUGCAUAUGAGAAUGUGGAGGAGAGUGAGCUAAAUUGUUGUCAUUUAGAAAAGGCAUUGAAGAAAAAAAUCUUCUGUAGGGGGGAAUAGAAGAUGAAGAAUUUAUAUAGAGAGGACUUGGGUCAACUGUGUCCAGGAGAGCAACUUUAAGAAAAAUGACAAAGAUUUUUAGAGAUAAUUUUAUGGAGUUUUGCCAUGGGGUUUGUAAUGUCAACACUCUUACCCAGCUUCAUACAGAGGCCCCAAAGUAGCUUUAAUAUGGUAGUUUUCUUCUUUUGCAUUUAUAAAGCAAUUACAUAAGCAAAAAAAUGUGAGCUCUGUUUUAGUGUUAUACCUUUACUCAUGGUACCAGUGAAAUAUACUGUUUCCUUAAUCCUUACAGAAUUUGAAAUUGCACAUCUCCCAAUUUAUUGGGUUUUUUUUAAGAUGUGAUAUGGUACUGUGGUUAUGUUUUUUUAAUCCUUAUCUUUUAGAGAAAUGUACUGUAAAUUUUACAGAUGAAAUGAUUAUGCUACUGAUAUUUGCUUCAAAAUAACCUGGGGGUGGGGUAGAUGAGCAUAUAGAUAAAAUGAGAUUGGUAAUAAAUUGAUAAUUUUUGAAGCUGUGUGACAGAUAUUUGGGAGUUCAUUAUACUCUUCUCUAUACUUUUGUAUAUAUUUGAAACUUUCCAUAAUAAAAAUUGAGUAACAA